GUUCCCACUAUAAAAUCUCGAGUCCAGCGCAACAUGGAUCACAUUGUCACAGAAGUCCAAAUCACGACGUCGACUUACGAUAAGAAUCAAAAUGAGACAAUUUGUACUACUACUCGUCGUCGUUGCUGCCGUUCUCGGACAAGAGACGGAAAAAAUUGACUCCUCCGAUUCAACUAUCUCCACUGACCGUGACCGCUUGCUGGAGAAUCUCUUUGCCAAAUACAACAAAAGAAACUAUCCAGACAAGUCAACCGUCCAGUUCGGAUUGAACUUGGUCACCGUGGACCAGGACAGAGAAAAAGACUUGCUUAACUCUGACGUCUGGUUGAAAAUUAGUUGGACUGAUAAUCGACUGACAUGGGACCCGGCAGACUAUGGGGGUCUGCAAAACAUGAGAAUUACACCGGACCAGUUAUGGCUGCCGGAUACUACCCUCUUUAAUGGCCCGGCCAUGCAAUGCACUCCUACCAACGCGAUCCUCUACCCCAACGGAAAGGUCUUGUGGGUUCCUCCCUGCAAACUCACCAGCUACUGCAAUUUCACCAAGGACGCCACCGCAGAGCAAGAGUGUGUCGUGAAUUUCGGCUCGUGGACAUUUGACGGUCUGACGAUGGGGUUGGAGUUCUUUGAGAAGGAGAACAAAGCGGAUAUUUCCUACUUCCAAGGCCAGCGAUACAAAGUAACCAAGAAUGAAGCCAUCCGAGAGGAAAAAUUCUACCCGUGCUGUGUUGAACCUUAUCUCAACCUCAAGUUCACUCUGGGUCUUGCCCCCACCACUAAAAAGGGAAUCGCACCAUGAAUAAGUAUUUACCUUUUGAGCAACUGAAUUUCAUAUGGAGGAAAUUAAUAGUGGAAUCAAAAUUUAAAUCAGUAUUACAUAAACUCGAAUAAAAUAGAAUUGUUGAAAGCACCA